AGCUUAAUUUAAAAAAUAAUAUGGCGGUGAUCGUGGGAUGAUAGAAGAUCGAUAAUGGUCACCGGUUUUGAAGGAAAGAAGAAAGAAAAGGGUAGUUUUGAAAUGACGCGUACAUACAUGGCUUCACGUUCACAUGUGAUGUCGGAAGGAAGGCAUGGAUGACAGCUUUGAUCUCAGCUGAUUUAGAUCUAAAUAAUCUAAUCCUACUCCUCUACUAUAAUUGCCAUUUCAUGCUCUCCAUUCCCAUUCCAAUUCCAUUAAAGCCCUAAAAUUUCACCACUCUUCAUCCGUCUGCAUUGCAUCCUUCAACCAUGUCUUUCUAAAAGGAUCCAGUGAAUUUACUGAAAUAUGGCGUCCAAGUCAUUCAAAGCUACUCGCUCCAAUCUAUCCAUCAGCUCCGAUGCUACGGAUUCACAGCCUAGCAAACCGCCGUUGCCACCACAAGUCACAUUCGCCCGCCGGACUUCGUCAGGGAGAUAUGUAAAUUAUUCAAGGGACGAUCUCGACAGUGAACUCGGAAGUCAAGAUUUCAUGAACUACACAGUCCACCUGCCGCCGACUCCCGACAACCAGCCGAUGGAUGCGAUUUCGCAGAAGGUUGAAGAACAGUAUGUUUCCAGUUCGCUUUUCACCGGCGGAUUCAACGCUGUUACUCGCGCCCAUCUCAUGGACAAGGUAAUCGACUCUGAAAUCAACCACCCUCAAAUGGCGGGUGCGAAAGGAUCUUCCUGCUCUGUUCCUGGAUGUGAUGCCAAGGUCAUGAGCGAUGAACGGGGAGCAGAUAUCCUUCCAUGCGAAUGUGAUUUUAAGAUAUGUAGGGACUGUUACCUGGAUGCCAUCAAGACCGGAGAUGGAAUCUGCCCAGGUUGCAAGGAGCAGUAUAAAACCACCGAUUUGGAUGAACUGGUCGACAAUGGUGCCAGGCCGCUACCACUCCCAGCGCCUUCCGGAAUGUCCAAAAACGAGAGGAGGUUGUCGUUGAUGAAAUCAACCAAAUCGGUGCUGAUGAGAAGUCAAACAGGCGAGUUUGACCACAACCGGUGGCUGUUUGAAACCAGUGGGACUUAUGGUUAUGGCAAUGCUAUAUGGCCGAAGGAAGGAGUCAUGGAGAAUGGCAAAGAUAACGAUCAUGCCGAGUCUUUGGAAUUGAUGAACAAACCAUGGAGACCUCUCACUCGCAAGUUAAGAAUUCCCGCUGCUAUUAUCAGCCCAUAUAGGCUUCUUAUAGUUGUUCGAAUGGUUGUUCUUGUACUCUUCUUAGCUUGGAGGAUCAACCAUCCAAACAAUGAUGCAAUCUGGUUAUGGGGAAUGUCAGUUGUUUGUGAACUAUGGUUCGCUUUAUCGUGGGUCCUUGACCAAUUGCCUAAAAUCAACCCUGUAAAUCGUGCAACUGAUCUUGCUGUUUUGAAGGAGAAAUUCGAAGUACCAACCCUAAACAACCCUACUGGGAAAUCGGAUCUACCAGGCAUUGAUAUCUUUGUAUCGACUGCAGAUCCAGAGAAGGAACCUCCACUUGUUACUGCAAACACAAUUUUAUCAAUUCUAGCUGCUGAUUACCCUGUCGAGAAGCUUGCGUGUUACGUUUCUGAUGAUGGUGGUGCACUUUUGACCUUUGAGGCUAUGGCGGAAGCUGCAAGUUUUGCUAACAUGUGGGUGCCUUUUUGCCGGAAGCAUAAUAUUGAGCCUAGGAAUCCGGAUUCGUAUUUUGGUUUGAAGAAGGAUCCUUAUAAAAAUAAGGUUAAAUCAGAUUUUGUCAAGGAUCGUAGAAGGGUGAAGCGGGAAUUUGAUGAAUUUAAAGUUCGUAUCAAUGGUCUUCCAGACUCUAUACGCCGUCGAUCUGAUGCUUAUCAUGCACGUGAGGAGAUAAAGGCGAUGAAGCAACAGAGACAAAAGAGAGAUGAUGAAGCUAUCGAGAUUAUCAAGGUUCAGAAAGCUACAUGGAUGGCAGAUGGAACUCAUUGGCCUGGAACUUGGUUGAAUCCUGCUCCAGAACACUCCAAAGGCGAUCAUUCUGGAAUCAUUCAGGUGAUGUUGAAACCUCCGAGUGAUGAGCCUCUACAGGGCACAGAAGAUGAUGCUGGAAUGCUUGAUUUUACUGAUGUUGACAUUCGUCUUCCCAUGCUUGUAUACGUGUCCCGUGAAAAGCGUCCAGGUUACGAUCACAACAAGAAAGCCGGAGCCAUGAACGCACUGGUUCGAGCCUCUGCAAUCAUGUCAAAUGGUCCUUUCAUUCUCAAUCUUGACUGCGAUCAUUACAUCUACAACUCACAAGCCAUGAGAGAAGGCAUGUGUUUCAUGAUGGAUAGAGGUGGAGAUCGUCUUUGCUACGUCCAAUUUCCUCAACGAUUCGAAGGUAUUGAUCCUUCCGAUCGUUAUGCAAAUCACAACACUGUCUUCUUCGAUGGAAACAUGAGGGCACUUGAUGGGCUUCAAGGGCCGGUUUACGUGGGAACUGGAUGCCUGUUUCGUAGAAUCGCGCUUUAUGGAUUUGAUCCACCACGAUCCAAAGAACGCCACCCUAGUUUCUGUAGCUGCUGCUGUAGUGGUCGGAAAAAAGCCAAGUUUAGCACUCUGGAAGAGAAUCGUGCGCUAAGAAUGGGCGAUUCCGAUGAAGAAGACAUGAAUCUCUCUCUUGCUCCCAAGAAAUUCGGAAACUCUACUCUUUUAAUUGAUUCCAUUCCGGUGGCGGAGUUCCAAGGACGUCCACUGGCAGAUCAUCCGGCGGUGAAAAACGGAAGACCACCUGGAGCCCUAACCAUUCCACGAGAGCUUCUUGACGCAUCCACCGUUGCAGAAGCAAUCAGCGUGAUUUCAUGUUGGUAUGAGGAUAAAACGGAAUGGGGGCAACGCGUUGGGUGGAUUUACGGAUCUGUGACGGAGGAUGUUGUGACAGGUUACAGAAUGCAUAACAGGGGAUGGAAAUCGGUGUAUUGUGUGACAAAACGAGAUGCUUUCCGUGGUACAGCUCCGAUCAAUUUGACAGAUCGACUUCAUCAGGUGCUCCGGUGGGCUACUGGUUCAGUCGAGAUUUUCUUCUCACGUAAUAAUGCUCUGUUAGCAAGCUCGAGAAUGAAGAUCUUACAAAGAGUCGCUUACCUUAAUGUAGCCAUGUAUCCUUUCACUUCCAUCUUCCUCAUCGUCUACUGCUUCCUCCCUGCACUUUCCCUCUUUUCCGGCCAGUUCAUCGUGCAAACCCUGAACGUGACUUUUCUCGUCUACCUACUCACGAUUACUCUCUGCAUCGUGAUGCUUGCUGUGCUUGAGGUGAAAUGGUCAGGGAUCGAGUUAGAAGAAUGGUGGAGGAACGAACAGUUUUGGUUGAUCGGAGGGACUAGCGCUCAUUUGGCUGCUGUUCUUCAAGGACUUCUGAAAGUGGUUGCCGGAAUCGAAAUCUCGUUCACAUUGACGUCAAAAUCCGGUGCAGAUGAUGAAGAUGAUGAGUUUGCAGAUUUAUACACUGUGAAAUGGACAUCCCUGAUGAUCCCGCCAAUAACUAUAAUGAUGGUGAACUUGAUUGCAAUAGCUGUAGGGUUCAGCCGGACAAUUUACAGUACAAUCCCACAGUGGAGUCGUCUUCUUGGAGGUGUGUUCUUCAGUUUUUGGGUUUUGGCACAUCUGUAUCCAUUUGCAAAAGGGUUGAUGGGAAGAAGAGGGAGAACGCCAACCAUUGUGUUUGUGUGGUCUGGACUGAUUGCAAUCACCAUUUCACUUCUGUGGGUGGCGAUCAAUCCUCCACAAGGUCAAAACCAGAUCGGAGGCUCGUUUCAGUUUCCUUAACUAUUAUUUCUUUUGCUUCAUUACAUUCUUUUUAGUAGAGAUGGUAAAACACCAUUUUCACAUGUUCAAUUCUUCUAUUGUUUUGUAGCCUUUUCAACUCAAAAAGAGGUUCUUUAGUGUUUUAUCAAAGAUACAAACUUGUUAUAUUUACAAA